AUGGCGGUGACCCUCAGUGCGAGGAGUGACUUACUCGAAGAAUGGAGACACAUCAUGUCUCGCUUCCUGGAUGUUAGUCCAUACCAUCAGCUAUCAACGCUCCAACGUGACCCUGACCUGGAACAUCGGGUCAAAGAGGCCACCCGAGGCUGGGACUUCGAAGAAUCAAUUCGCAAGCACAUCGUGACGGGGCUCAUCAUAGUGAUGACAUCCUAUAGACAUAUCACCGACAUCGAUAUUCGUGUUGCUAUCGUCCUGUUCGCCGCUCUCAAUAUCUAUGUGGAUGCCGAGCCGGGCGUCCUGGGCCAUUGGAAUCUUUCUCCUUUAUGCGAGGCCUCUCGAUAG